AUGGCCAACGUGUCUGACUCUUACUCGCCUGCUGGCUCCGAGCCACAUAGCUACUGGGCUUCUACUCUAGCAGGUGUUGUCUUCGUCGCGUUUCUGUUAUUUUCGCACAGCUGGUUCAAGCCGAAUCCACUUGCCAAUGUCCCAAUCGUGGGGAAGGGUUCGCGAUGGGCCCGCAGAAAGCAUUUCAUGCAGGGCAACGCGACUCAGAUGUUCCUUGAUGCUUAUCGCAACCACAAGGACAGCAUCUCUCUCAUCACAACUGCCAAGACUAGGGAUUCAAUCCUGGUUCCUCCCAAGUAUCUGCCAGAGUUGAGUAAAGCGCCCGACGAUGUCAUCAGUGCCCAAAAGGCGGUUGAAGAGUUCAUCCAAUCCAAAUACACAGCCGUUGGCUUCGAACUACCCGUUUUCGUCCACGUAUCAAGAGCCAACUUGACCCCCGCGCUAAACGAUCUGAACCCCGCCGUUGCCAAGACAAUCGCCAAGACGCUGCAACGCGAACUGGCGCCAACAUCCAGUUGGAGCGAAGUUGCCAUCAACGCGAAACUCCUGCGCAUUAUCGCGAUUGCGUCAGGGCACGUUUUCGUUGGCCCUGAGCUUUGCGAUAAUGAGGCGUACCUCAGCACAUCGAUCGACUUUACUCAACAUCUCAUGAAAGCCGUCUACGGCAUUGCCAUGAUACCGACCUUCCUGCGGCCUCUAAUUGCCCCUUGGCUCCCCAUGACGAGGGCGCUACACAAGCGGCUCGCUGAAGCUGAUGCGGUCUUCCAACCCAUCGUCACUGCCCGGCAGCAGGCGGCAAAGGAGAGCUCACUAAAGCACAAUGACAUGCUCCAGUGGAUGCUCGAUUCGCAGACCCGAGUGGGCGAGCUGAGCACCCGAGAUCUGGCGCUGGCGCAGAUUGGUGCUAGUUUCGCGGCCAUUCAUACUACGACUAUGACGGCCACGAACGCAGUGUACUGGUUGGCGGCGAAGCCCGAACUAGCCCCCAUGCUUCUGGAAGAGGUUGAACAGGUUCUGGAGGAAUCCAAUGGCCAAUUCACAACCGCAGCACUCCUGAACAUGAAGAAGAUGGACAGCUUUCUCAGAGAGGUCAUGAGAGUUACUCCCUUGAGUGCGAGCGCAUACGUCCGCAAGGUCCUGAAACCAUUCGAACUCUCGAACGGCCAGGUAAUUCCGGAGGGCAUGUUCGUAGAGGUCCCAAGCGUCGGCAUCAACGAAGACCCAGAGAUCUUCCCGAAUCCCGACGUAUUCGAUGCUCUGCGCUUCUACAAGCUCCGCAGAGAUGACAACCCAGCCCAACUGAACCAGCUUCAGGCUGCUUACGUUGGACCCACGCACCUCAGCUUCAGCUUCGGCAAGCACGCUUGUCCAGGGCGCGUUUUCGCCGUUAACGAGAUCAAGACGGUGAUGGCGAAUCUUUUGCGCAUCUACGACAUCAAGUUGCCUGACGGUGUAAACGAGAGAUAUCCCAGCCUUGUGUUUGGUGAUCAGGCAAGUAGACCCAUUGCUGUUUAUAAGAAUGACUAA